AGAGUCACUUUAUAUUACCAUAUUUCAUAUUUGGUGGGAAUAAACAUCAAAUAAUAAUGGCCUCAAUAAAUAUUGUAGCAAAUAUAAACGAAAAUGGUUGGGGACCUGACGAGACUGAUGAGCAAACCAUUUCAUCCUGUCUCUUUCCCAUAACCAAAUUCCCCUUUGAGCCUAACUUGAAGGUAGACCGCCAAAUUCACAUUUGUGACUUUACCUUUAGCACAUACCAGAGAAAUACUCGCGAAUCUUCUCGUUAUCCUAGAUCAAAUACCGGAGCUUUAGAUGAAGAAUUGCAAUUCCAGACUGUGGAUAGCAGAUCUAUGCUCAAGGUCAGAAGUAGCCAACAUUAUAAGAAAAGGGUUGUCCUCAAGCAGACAACACAAGCCUUCAAUCAGAAGCUUAUGGAGGAAGAGGCCAUGUUGUUAUCAAAACAGAAACAUCCAGAGUUGCGUAGACAGAAGAUAAUGAUGCAAGUCAGAAACGCCAGAAACAACGCACGUCACCAUACAUUUAAUGAGUGGAGUAUAGAGCCUACACCCCUGUGGGUUGUUGUCGCUGAGAUCCCAUUUAACCAGCUUCUAAAACAGGAAUUUAAUAGUUCAACAAUAAAAGUAGAGGAUUUAUUCUGGCGUGGUAAAUUAGGAUACUAUGAUAAAAAGAUGGAUUAUAUUACAUUGAAGACCGAGGUCAAUCUGCAACAUUUGUCCAAUUCAUAUGAUUACUAUUGGACAUCUACUCAUGAUGAUGAUUGUAUCGCUGAUGUUUUGCUCGAAACAUACAACAAUACAAAGAAAAAUGAUGUGGAUACCACAGAAGAAAAAACUGAGGUAAAGGCUAAGAACAUGCCACUGCAAAGUGAGAAGAAUCAUGAUUCUGCUGCACUAGAUAAGGAUUUGUUAAGGUAUGAUCAGAUAGUUGUUGCGGCUACAGAUCAAAUUUUGGCUGUACUUAUGACAGCAGCUAGAUCAAAGUAUUCUUGGCACCUUAACAUCACCAAGAUUGAGAACCAGAUAAUUAUCGAUAAAGCAAAUGGAUCUAUAAUAGAUAUGUUAACCGUUAAUGAAACAGCUCCUGAGCCUCCUAUGCAAGAUGCUGAGAUUAAGGUCAAUAGGCCUCCUGCCUUGGGAUACGAGGCGGUAAGAGUAAACCAGAAUAUGAGACAACAGGUAUUGUUAAGUGAAACAAUUCACGAGGACUUUGGAAAUCCUCCCUUUGUUGAAGAAGGUGAUAACCCAUCUACUGUUGCUUAUAGAUAUAGGAAGUUUACAAUUCCCGGAAACCCUAAUGCGACUAAUUAUGAAAAGUUGCCUAUAACCAUUGUUACCAGAGCUGAAGUGCAUGCAAAGCUCCAGUCAGCACAGGAAGGUUAUACAUACGUUUGUGCUCUUAAUGAGCUUCCAUCUAAAAAUCACAAGUCAUGGAGAUCUCAAAUUGAAACACAAAAGGGCGCAUUGUUGGCCAAUGAAAUCCGUAACAACACCACAAAGCUCCAAAGAUUCGUUGCUUGCGCUUCUAUGGCUGGUUGUGACACAUUUAAACUGGCCUUUGUAACCAGGAAACAGCCAACGGAUGCUGAAAACCAUAGCAUUAUCGGUAUCCACACAUAUACCACAAGCAAUCUCGCUGUUCAAAUGGGUCUGAAUAUGAACAAUGCCUGGGGCGCUAUAAGAUCAAUUGUUCAGCUCAUAAUUAGAAAGCCAGAUGGGCAAUUCGUCUUGCUCAAGGAUCCAAUGAAGCCUAUAAUUAGGCUUUAUGCCACCGGUGACGAUGACGAAGUCAACGAUGGGCUAAAGCAGUAAAGUACUUUUAACAACUAUAAUUCAUGUCAAUUU